AUGGGUCCGGCCAAGAGUGCAGCUGUGGAAUCGCCAGACGACACCACCAACCCCACACAGACGACGCCAACGCCGACGACAUCAGGCGCCCGCACGUCCUCAAAUUCGUUCUCACUGCCCGCGGCGAUCCCCCCUCGCACCUCUAGCAACGGCAGCGCGCGGAUAUCGUACGGACAGCAACAGCAGCAGCAGCAGACGCCGCAGCCACCCGCUUCCACCCUCUCCUCCAUUGCCGUCUCGCCGGUCCCCUCGCCCAGGUCCGGCAGCAGCUUCCCCGAGGACCACCAACAGCACCGCCGCCGGCCCUCUGCACUCAGCGCCGGCGCUGCACCCUCGUCUUUCAAGUCGCCGACCCGGCAGAGCUCCUCGGCCAUCAUGCAGCACCAGCUCUCGCCUACCGUCGCCUCGGACCCGUCGCGGUACGCCACGGCGGACCUCAACUUCACGCCGCCGCGCUCCUGGACCGCCGACAAGGAGCGCAUCGUGCGUGGGCCCUUCAACUACACCAUCAGCCACCCGGGUAAGGACAUUCGCUCGCAGCUCAUCGCCGCCUUCAACGCGUGGCUGGAGGUGCCGCCCGCGAGCCUCGAGGUCAUCACCCGCGUCGUCGGCAUGCUGCACGAGUCGUCGCUGCUCGUCGACGACGUCCAGGACAACUCGGAGCUGCGCCGCGGAUUCCCCGUCGCGCACCACAUCUUUGGCGUCGCCCAGACCAUCAACUCGGCCAACUACAUCUACUUUGCCGCCCUGCAGGAGCUGCUCACCCUCAACAACCAGCAGGUGCUGGCCACGUUCGCCGAGGAGCUCGUCAACCUGCACCGCGGCCAGGGCAUGGACCUCUUCUGGCGCGACACCCUCACGUGCCCCUCCGAGGACGACUACCUGGAAAUGGUCGGCAACAAGACCGGCGGGCUCUUCCGCCUCGGCAUCAAGCUCAUGCAGGCCGAGUCGUCCUCGUCGUCCGUGGGCGGCAGCAGCAGCCCGCCGCUCGACUGCGUGCCGCUCGUCAACCUCGUCGGCCUCAUCUUUCAAAUCCGCGACGACUACGUCAACUUAAAGUCGGACGAGUACUCGCAGCACAAGGGCAUGUGCGAGGACCUGACGGAGGGCAAGUUUUCGUUUCCCGUCAUCCACAGCAUCCGCUCCAACCCGGAGGACCUGCAACUCGUCAACAUCCUCAAGCAAAAGACGACGGACAUCCAGGUCAAGCGCUACGCCGUCGCGUACAUGGAGAGCACGGGCAGCUUCGCCUACACGAAUCAGGUGUUGGCGACGCUGAUUGAGCGCGCGAGGAAGAUGGCGCUGGAGCUGGACGGCGGGCGCGGCAAGACGGAUGGUAUUCUGGCCAUCCUGGACAAGAUGGUUGUGGAAUGA